AUGACGGAAACCUCCAAACCUAGUGGCAGGCCGGCUAUGUCUCCAUUACAAUUGGACUCUCCUCGAACUGUUUCAGUUCUCGAGAUUGAAGAACAGAGUAAUGCCGAAAAAUGUUCAGAGCCAAGUCCAAAAAAAGAGAUCGCUUUUCGAUCUCUUUCAGCUGCCGAAUGGACGUUCUUUGCCAGUGGAGUUGGAGGCAUUCGAGAUGCGGAACGAAACGUGCCUGUUCAGCCGACCAGUCGAAUUUGGCCGCCCAAGGGUCUCCCCCCAGGCCUGUAUCGCGACACUGUCUACAAGCGCACCAUGUCGUUAUACAUGUACAAAUUCGCCAGUAUCAUCCGUUGGAUCUUCUUGAUCCUGCAGUUGAUGAUUGGUGCUAGUCUCACGGCUCUUGGCGGAAUGAGCACCAGGGAUGGAACACCCAUUACGGUUCUCGGCGCGUCCAACACUGUCAUCGCGGGGUUGCUGGCUCUGUUGCACAAUAGUGGUGUUCCUGAUCGUUACCGAUACGACAAGGCAGAGUUUGAGCGGGUUGAGGACCACAUCAGGGAACUUCUCGUCACGCGCUUGGUGCGUGCUGACAAGUCAGUCAAUGAAGCUCUCUCCGAUUGCUUCGACUAUUAUCAACACGCGAAAAGAACUGUGAACUCAAACAUGCCCGCGGCUUAUGUGCCAACACCGAUAGUGCCGACCGCACAAGCCGUGGCUACGGUGCCAGUUUGUCACCCCCAGCCAGUACUUCAACAGCCGAUGAUGCAGGGAACAGAGCCAAAGGGCCCCAUUUCAUCCUUGUCUCCCAAGACACUAAAGACUUCGUUGGAGGAAGAGGAGGAAGAAGAGAAAAAGGAAGAGAAGGGUCCAGCCGCCGUCAAGAACAAACUAGCAACUGGUGCAAGCCAAUAG